UGACAAAUAUUGUCCACAGAUCCAAUGCGAACGAAAUCGAAAAUCCAACCGAGCUAGAAGACUUGAACGAAUCGGAACUGCCGUACAAGUAUUACAAUGACCUCGUUAUACAGAAUAAGCCGAAAUCUGAAGAUGUGGAGUUAUUUCAGACCAAAUUGGAGAGAUUAGAAGACUUAGAUGAUGUCAAACCUGAUGCGUUUGAAAGUGAGGAUAGCAUAGAUUUUUACAAAUCUGAUGCGUUUGAAAGUGAGGAGAAAUUCGAACGAGUCAAACGCGAUGUAAAUGAUACUGAAACAGGUGAUAAAGUUCCUAACAAUGUUACUUUGAGAGUAAUGGGUUUGAGAAUCGAAGAGGCUGAUAAAGAGCCAAAGAUUGUUGAUGAGAUGAUACCAAGUGUACUGCGUGAAACCAACUUCAAGCUAAGGCUCUUUGGUGAAGGCUUCACGGAUGAGACCAUUAUAGCCUUCACCCAUGUUCCUGAGGACUUUGGGACACCCUGUCAUUUCAUGGUCGGUGGGGAGUAUAAGAUCAAAACGGCAGGACCAGAUUCCGGACUCUUUGAGCUGGUCUCUCCAAAACCCAGCGAUGACUACAAGCUGUACAUCUGCGCGAAGCCCUCAGCCAACGUAGACUUCGUCCACCAGGGUCGAGAGCAAUGGAAGAUCCUGGCAGUCCACGACAAACUGCUCCCACUAUGGGCUUCCUUGAUACUAAUCGUCAUCCUUCUGAUGUUGGCGUCCCUCUUCUCCGGUCUUAACCUUGGAUUGAUGGCUCUAGAUAGGACUGAACUCCGCAUCAUCGCGAAUACAGGAACAGAAAAGGAAAGGAAAUACGCUAGGGCUAUCAUGCCCGUCCGAUCCCAGGGGAACUAUCUCCUGUGCACCAUCCUGCUCAGUAAUGUGGCUGUGAACAGCACUUUUACUGUAAUCCUGGACGAUUUGACGUCUGGGCUGGUUGCUGUGAUCGGAUCCACCCUGGCUAUCGUCUUCAUUGCCGAGAUCACUCCUCAGGCUAUUUGCGCCAGACAUGGUCUACUGAUCGGUGCGAAGAGUAUCUGGAUUAUGAAGAUCGUGAUGGGGAUCUGUGCCCCGUUGGCUUGGCCCACAAGCAAGCUCCUGGACUAUUUCCUAGGCGAAGAGAUUGGCACCCACUACAACAGAGAGAGAUUGAAGGAGCUUGUCAAGGUAACGAACCACGUGAAUGACCUCGAUAAAGAAGAAGUGAACAUCAUCUCUGGAGCCUUGGACCUUCGUAAGAAGAAGGUGUCCGACGUCAUGACCAAGCUGAAGGACUGCUACAUGCUGCCAAUCAACAGUGUCCUGGACUUUGAGACGAUGACUGAAAUUGUCAAAUCUGGCUACUCCCGUAUUCCGGUAUACGAGGGUCACCGCGGCAAUAUAAUCACAGUGCUCUUCAUCAAAGAUUUGGCGUUCGUGGAUCCUGAUGAUAAUACGCCGCUGCGCACGCUCUGCCAGUACUACCAGAACCCCUGCAACUUCGUCUUCGAAGACGUUACCCUGGAUGUCAUGCUGAAACAGUUCAAAGAAGGUAACAAAGGCCACAUGGCGUUCGUCCAACGUAUCGAGGAAGGUGACGGUGACCCGGUGUACGAGACCGUCGGGCUGGUCACCCUGGAGGAUGUCAUUGAGGAGAUGAUUCAGGCAGAGAUUGUCGACGAGAGUGACGUCAUAUCGGACAACCGCACCAAGAAGAGACUUCUCCGUCCGAUGAACAAGCUACACGAUAUCGCAGCCUUUGCAGGCCAUCAGCACCAGCGAGUCCACGUCUCUCCGCAGCUUAUCCUGGCUACCUUCCAGUUCCUGAGCACCAGUGUUGAUCCGUUCCGGCCCGACAUGAUAUCGGAGACAGUGCUGCGUCGUCUGCUGAAGCAGGAUGUUAUCCAGCACAUCAGGCUCCGAGGAGACGAAGACAAGAAUGACCCAAAACGGUUCGUCUACCAGGAAGGCAAGGCGGUGGAUUACUUCGUGCUGAUACUGGAGGGCAGAGUUGAGGUGACAGUGGGAAGAGAGAACCUAGUGUUCGAAGCGGGACCCUUCACCUACUUCGGUGUCCAGGCGCUCACCCAGAACGUUGGACUUGCGGAAUCACCAGCUCCGUCGACCCUGGGCUCGUUGCAGAACCUCAACAUGGACUCCAUGCUGCGUCACACCUUCGUGCCUGACUACUCCGUGAAAGCAAUAGUCGAGCUGUACUACCUUACUAUUAAAAGAUCCAUGUACUUAGCGGCCAAGCGUGCCACUCUGAUGGAGAAGGGAGUUUUGAACAAAGGGGGCACCAACGAACAAAUUGAACCGGAAGUUGAUAAGUUGCUUCGCGAGGGAGACACCAAGCUGGAUGACAUAGAAGAGAAGCCAUCUCCGCCCCCUGCUACUGCUACACCAGCCAAACAGUUUACACCUUCGUCGGCGAGCUUCAACACAAACUCAACAUUUAAGUCUCGUGAGUUAGAACCAGCCAAUCAGGAAGAGGAGAAAUUGCUGAAGAAGUAGAUUAUUACUACCAAAUUCUACCACCGAGUAGACAUAUGGCAACACUGCCAGCGAUUUGACAAAUUCGCGGUAAAUGCUUAAUUAUUAAGUAGAUGUUUUAAUUUCAGUUAGUAUUAGAGUUUUUAUAGUAUUUUAUUGCAUUUUCGUUUUUUAAUACGUAGAUUAGAGGGCGUUCAUUGAUGACCAUAGGUAUACUCAUCUCGAAAUAAUUAAAAAAAUAUUACAACUAUAAUAUAAAUAUCAAUAGUAUAAUCACAAUCGAUUUUGUGUAAGGAAUUCUGUAGACAAGUAUUUGACUCAUUUCCAAAAAAAAAAAACAGUCAUCAUGGCCGCCGUCGUUUAGUUGUUAAGUGCAGCUGUGGUACUUAUUUUUAUAUGGCGUAAAGCUGACAUUUAAUCCUAUGAAAUCACGAACAUCACAACGUUGUUAUAAACAAUUACACAAUUAUUUUAUUCUAGUCUCAAACUAGAAUGAAGUUUUUUGAAUAUUUUCAAUUUUUUUUUUACUAAUUUAUGUAAUUUGUACUUCCAAAUGGUGCCUUACGUAGUUCUUGCAUUUAUAUUACAAUUAAUGCAAUUUUAAUCCAAUGUGCAGUGUCCAUUUUGAUGUAAGUGUUAAAUUUGAUAUUUCUUAUUUAAUAUUUUAAUGUACAAUCAAUUGCAAAUAUAAAUUUAUUAUUAA